AGCAGGCUUUGGAAAGAGCUAAAGUACAUCAAGUAGACUAUUUGAUUCCAUGGUAUUUAAUUGUUUUUGCCACAGAUUAUACUCCAACAGCUUGCCUAUGGCAGGGAGGUGUAUUGGAGUGGCUACACCUACCACACACACAUAAGAAGGAUGCGGAAUCGCCCAUAUGGAUUCCAGACAGACUCAUCAGGCCGGCGCCGCAGAAAACUGCAAAAGCGAAAGGAAAAGUUAGCGACGGCCCGGCUCACUCAGGAGAUGAAGAAGCUGACCCUGAAGCCACAGAAGCUUCCGACAUGGACCCAGCUAAAACAUCUGGCGACGGAAGCAAAAGCACUUGCCUCGCAACAAUGUUCUAACCCUCCUUUAGAAAUGCUGUUUGUAGCCAUGUUGUCCUUGAUUGCUGUUGGGCCUACUACGGCCUCUACCAGUCCUUCUUCCUAUUGGGCUUAUGUUCCUCGUCCUCCCCUCUUACAUGUAGUGGGGUGGUUGGAUGAUGAGACUUAUAAGGUAUUGAGCAAUCAGACGGAGAUCAUCGGGGGUUUCCAAGAUUCAGAUGAAAGGGCAAGUGCUUCCUCAUUUAUAAACUUUGCAGGAAGCUCAGAUUCAUUACCAAUUUGCUUCGCCCUGGAAGGAGUAGCUCCUCCCGGGUGUCUCUCCACCAGCUACAGAACCUUUUUAACUGCUGCCCCCAGCUCUACCGGUAAGAAAGGAGAUCCUAGAUGGAUCUGGGAGACUCAGCUGCUUACUCUGGGACUUCCCACUAUGAAUGAAACCUUUAAGUCUGUCAACUUUAUGCCUCUUGAUUCCUGUAUUACUAAGUAUCGGGAUAAGAAUCAAUUUUGGGAUGAUGGUGUUACCGCCUUUCCUACUUGGUUGCGUUGUGGGUUUCCUCACGCAGCCUCCUCCUACAAUCCUUUACUGUCUAAAUUGCUUAUUUGGGAUUUUUACGCCUCUUCUGGAGAAAAGAAGUAUGAAGAUUAUAUCUCAAAGAAUAAAGAUAAGUUCCAUAAUUAUACAUUUGACAAUAACCAGAUCUCUGGGCAGUGUACGUGA